GCUCCAUCUCGGCCUCACAUUCAUCACUGUGCUCAGAAAAUUGACAUUAAAAAAAAAAAAAAAAAAACAUAAAUACAAAUAAAGCUAGGCUAAUUAAGAUAACCUUUUAACCUAUACAUUAUUAUGCUACAAUCUUGGGGGGAAAGACUUAGCCCUUGAAGGAUAGCCUCAUCUCUUGUCGCAUAGUCUGUGUUAUAAGGUAGCUGAAGAGAAGUAGGUGUAAUUGUUGUUUCAGUGUGAUACGCACACGGCUGCUGUAUUGUGGACCUGGAUAAACGAGGCCCAUGGAGUUACACAGAUCUAAAUGACACCCAGGAGAAAAGAGCAGAACCCCUGUAUCACUAGAACCACGCUUUAGACGCUUGGACAGGUUGUUUGCACUUUUGCUUUGGCAUUUGGACGCGUUAGUACUGUCUGCUUUUCUCUCAUCUGAGAGGUCUGAGAAAUGAAUCAUGAAUUAUAAUCACAUUGAUUAUAUUGAAAUCGAGCAUCAGCCGCAGGUUGGACGCACUAAAAACUCGGCAUAAAUGUUUGAAUGGCGCAUCAAGCGCAAUGCCCACACAAAACCCUAGAGCACGCACCAAGAUACAGCAAAAUGGCCUAAUGAGGAUUUUUUUUUUUUUCACCAUUUUGUAGCCGAACGGUAGGUAUGGGACAGUGGGAGUGAUUGUGUCUGCUUUUGGUUGGUGAAUUCCGUGUCGCCUGCUCCUCCCAUAGUGAGAGGCUUUAGCCGCACUCUCUCUGCUGUUGCUAUCCAGCCUUUAACUGUAGCGCGGCCUUCUGCCUCCAUACCGACUUCACACCAGUGCAUCCGACUCCUCCCUGAAGCGACACACGCUUUUAGCCGGGAUUACUACCACAAAUUACACUCUAACCAGACUACACAGCUACAUAGUCUACAAGUGGCCGUGUGUUUGCGCAGAUGAUGCGUUAUGGCGCGGUUAUGAGAGAGCACGCCUGCUUACAUAUUUUGCCCAUGGUUUGGCUACGAGUUAUUAUCAGAAUUAGUCAUAUCUCUAUGUUUCCUGAUAUUAUUAUUUAGUGGAGCUGUAAAUUGAACCUUUGAGUAGCUAGAGUUGUUAAAAAUAGCCACUUCUGAGGUUGGGUAUGACCAGAAAUCUUUCCAGUAAACUAAUAUAUUACAUCGUUCAUAUUACUGUUAAACCAAAUGAUACACUCAUAUAAGAGUCAUAGUCUCCAUUUCAAUCAUUGGAGGAUUAUUCGUAACCUUCUGAGGCUACGAAAGCCAACUAUAUGUGUGUUGUGAAGGGUCAGGAGGGGAGACAUUUUUGAAAGGGAGCUCCAAAGAGAACAGUGCAAAAUGAGGCAAUGCAGAACCAGCUUCUCCUGUUCCAUGUGAGACAACAAAUAGAGGCAACCACGUGGACGAAAGACAGCUCAACCGGAGGAGGUGGAGGAGGAGGAGGUGGUGGAGGAGGUGACAGUAAAGGAGGUGUUGGUUCUAAAGGAGAGGACGAAGCUCUACAAUCAGAGCAGCAAGAGGUAUGGCCAACGGAAACGAGAGUAGUGAUGGGUCCCACAACCCCCUGGCAGCAGUUGUGGCUACUACGGGUGGCACAGUGAAUGGAGGGCCUUCAUCAGCUGUGUCUACCUACAUCAAGCUUGUCCUGCUAGGGCUGAUCAUAUGCAUCAGCCUAGUGGGCAACCUGGUGGUAUCUUUGCUAGUAUUAAGGGACAGAGCCCUACACAAGGCCCCAUACUAUUUCUUGUUGGAUCUUUGCUUGGCUGACACAAUUCGGUCAGCAGUCUGCUUCCCCUUUGUACUGGUGUCCAUCAAGAAUGGCUCAACCUGGACCUACAGUGUACUCAGCUGUAAGGUGGUGGCUUUCAUGGCCGUGUUGUUCUGCUUUCAUGCAGCCUUCAUGCUGUUCUGCAUUAGUGUCACACGGUACAUGGCCAUUGCCCACCAUCGGUUCUACUCUAAGCGUAUGACCUUCUGGACGUGCGUUGCUGUGGUGUGUAUGGUCUGGACACUGUCAGUUGCUAUGGCCUUUCCACCUGUAUUUGAUGUGGGCACCUAUAAGUUCAUCCGUGAAGAAGAUCAGUGCAUUUUUGAGCACCGUUACUUUAAGGCCAAUGACACACUGGGAUUCAUGCUUAUGCUGGCUGUGCUUAUCCUAGCCACUCACGUGGUCUACAUGAAGCUCUUGCUCUUCGAGUACAAGCACCGCAAGAUGAAGCCCGUCCAGAUGGUACCUGCCAUCAGCCAAAACUGGACCUUUCAUGGGCCUGGAGCCACUGGCCAGGCAGCCGCCAAUUGGAUUGCAGGUUUCGGCCGGGGCCCAAUGCCACCUACCCUGUUGGGUAUCAGGCAAAACUUGCACAACCAGAACCGACGGCUGCUAGGCAUGGAGGAGUUCAAGGCAGAGAAGCAGCUUGGCAGGAUGUUUUACGUAAUCACCCUGUUUUUUCUGGUGCUGUGGUCACCAUAUAUUGUGGCCUGUUACUGGCGGGUUUUUGUGAAAGCAUGUACCAUCCCACACCGGUACCUCUCCACUACGGUGUGGAUGAGUUUCGCCCAAGCAGGGGUAAACCCCAUUAUCUGCUUUUUCCUUAACAAGGACCUCAAAAAGGGUCUGCUGGCCCAUUUGCCUCCCUGUUGUAGAACUAAACCUCAACUACCCCGUGAGCCUUACUGUGUCAUGUAAAGACAAGUGUUUAUUUAUUUCUGUUAUCAUUUCCUUUAUUUCUCUUUGGGUGGGUCACAACUGGACAGUUAAUAUGGUUUAAAAGGUAUUUGAAGAUGGAGGCAUGAGGGAUGUUUUCUUUUGUUGUAAGGAUAGGGAGGUCAUGGGGAAAAAAAAAACAUCUGCUGUCAUCUAAAUGCUAUGUCUUCUUUUUCUUGCGAUUAAGGGAAAGGGUUCAGGGCUAAAAUGUGAGGCACUAAAUCAAAUACAAAUAUGUUUUGAGAAACAGUGCUAUUUACUACAGCCUUGACGAUGCUAUCAUUCUAAAGACAAAAACUGUUUUCAUAACAAACUAGUGUCGGUAAUGAGUGUAUGAGGGUCAGAAAUGUGAUUGAUCUGUGAAAAAAAUUAAACAUGACAUUAACAUUACUUCACUAAUUCAGUGGUCAUGUACCAUUAAGCUUCAAAGCUUCACUUUGACAUAGUAAUUUCUAUUUGAAAUUAUAACUGCUAAAAAAAAUGCGUAUAUUACGGUAAUCAAAAAAAUUUGCAUGUAUUCUUAAAAUUUUAAAGUGGCAAGGGCCAACAAAAUGAGAGUUGAAAUGCAAAUUUGGUAUGUUACUGCAAAUUUUGAACAUGACGGGUUAAAAUAUUUCCUGUAGAACACUUUGAUACUUCUGGAGGUUUAGCAUAUAGAACAGAACUAUACUCUACUGAGUUGGAGUUUAAUCUUUGAAGUUUUAUCCAAUAAUCUGUAAUUGCAUUUGCACUUGCUCUCAUCUUUCAUGAUUUACCAUGUUUGUCUCCCUGCUAUAUGUAUAAAUUACUUUCCACUGAUGAAAGUUCUUUAAUGCUGAAAAUGACGAGUUCCCAUAUGAUGUGGUUUCUCAAUCCAUGAGUCAUACAUUGAUAUCAAAACAGAAACCUUAAAACUUGCAAAGUUUAUUUAACUCAGUUCAUCAUUUUUGAAAGCAUUUCAAAUUUUUGCCUCCUUUUGAUGUUCUAGAAAAAAUCCCCUAAUGGGAUGAAUGUACUAAAAGUACUGAAACCGAGAUGUCACUGAAUUGAAUCAGUCUUUUUGGCUGAUCGUACAUGAUGUUUACGAGUACAAAAUGACCAGUUACUUGAAUCCAAUUUGAACUCAUAGCACUGAGUGCAUAACGGCGUCUUACAGGUUAAAAGACAUAUGUAUUACGAGAAAACGCAGAACAUGUAUAGUUCACUUGCAUUAUUAAAUUCAGUGAUAUUCUUUUAUAAAAACAAUAUUGAGUGACACCCAAGAAGACCACGAGUUAGUGGAUAUUCGGCAUACAGUAUAUAAUUUGAUUUAUAAUUAGGUUGUGGUUGUUUGACUUACCGCAGCAGUGACAACACACACAACAAAAUAUGAAACUCAUGUAUCAAAUAAUAUUCAUGAACAGCAACCUUUGAAUGAAGAAAAAUUCUGAUUUUACAUCACACCUUGUUUUAUUAAAUAAUGUGCUAGAAACAAUUGUAAGUAUUAGUAGAGAUACGGAAUUGGGAAUGGAGAUGAUCAGAUUAAUUGGCCUGAUGAUAAUAUUUUGCACACAACUUCAGAAAGUGUCGAUCAGUGAAACGGUUUAUUUAUUUUUUGGUUUGGGGGGGAUGCAGUGUGGGCAGUGGGUAGAAUGUUGAUUGGUAGAAUGAUGUAGACAGAGACGCAGCGAUUGUAAUAUUUAGCUGAAUGUUACAGAGAGCAGGAAGUUGACUUUUUUUAUGAGGUAGUCAGGUUCAGUUUGGGAUGGUUUAAUUCCUUUCUGCUCCAGUUUUUUGCAAGAUCAAAUAAACAAAAGAAACAAAACAGAAUAUCAGGAAAACGAAUGACAUCUACACCAAGAGCUAAAUCCACCCAUCCACUACUAAAAUGGGGAGAAUUCUUAUUGUUAUUUGCAUCUAUUGCCUUAGUCUCUUAUGAAGGUUUAAUAUUACUGAUGUAAGGAGGAUCUGACAGCUCUAUGCCUCUAAAGACUUUGAGGGGUGGGGGGGAGAAAUGAAUGCUGGGGAAAAACAACACUGUGUCUUUGCUGACUAUUGGAGGACAUUCUUCACUCCCCGUCACAACCAUACAAACUGAGGUCAAGAAGAAAAAUGCAUCAAAAGGGCACUAAACUAGCUGGAAACUAAUUGCCAAAUUGUGACACUAAUGUGUACAGUUUUGCACAGUUCAAUGGAAAGACUUGAAUUCCAAAACAUGAUUUCCAAGUGGAAUUAAAAGGAACUUCCUUCAUCCUUGUGGAAUUCUUUAAGACAUUUUUGGGUUUGGUUUUGUUUUGUUUUUCCUUCUUCUUUGAAUCUUUGAGGGUGGGAGAAAAGGAUGCAAGUGAAGGUUGGUGAUAUUGUGUGUAUUCAUAUGUUGAAAGGAUCAGAAAAAAAAGAAGUGCUCAUAUUGGUGUUUGGGAGGGAGGGCAUGUGGGUGGGAAAAAAGGGAGUGAUUUUUUUGUAACAAGCAAAAAUGCCUGGUAGAACAUUUUUAGUUGCUUCAGGCAUUCUAUCUUUUGUAAAAUAACUGUGACCUCUGUGUGAUUUCCUGUGUAUUAUAUGGACUAUGGACUAACGUCAAACUGGGGGGAGGGAAAGGGAUGGACUCUUGGUUAUCAUCUUUUUACCACGCAUGUGUGAGUGAUUGUUUAUGCCAAGUAUGAAUGUGGGAGAGGACUUGGGAAAGGGGGGGAGGGGCUGCUAGGGAUGAAGCCACAUUAAGCAUGGCAUGGUCAGAGAUGGAUAGCCUAAUGAAAAAUGUCACUCCUACAGUUGAUCAAGUUCACUUUUCCUUGCCAAUGCAUAUUUCUCUCAAAUUGGUAAAUUGUAAUAUUGAUUUAAUAAGUAACCUUAAAAGGAAAUUACUCAGUGAAACAUAUUCAAGAGAUUUAAGCAAUUAUGUAUUUUUUUUUUAGAUAAAACAGCUAAAAAGUGGUAUAGUACAGUAGUGCUUAGGAAAUUAAGCCAAUGUUGCAGUUAACAAAAACGUACAAUUAACCUAAAGCUCUCAUCUGCUCUCCAUUUGAAGAGGGUUUCAAAAUGGUAGGACUAGUAUUAACUGAUGAAAAGGUUAAUUUACUUAAUGAUUCUUAAAAUACCACAAGGUCCCAGAGAAGGUAACUAAAGUGGUAGCUUGGUGACUUGUAACACCGUUCUAUAAGUAUCUAUGACAUAUAUGAAAUAUUUGCUUAAAGGCAUAAUCUUAAUCCAGUAUGUGACAUUUCUAGUUGCUACAAGGCUGUAAACUGCACUAUUCCCACAACUGUUAUCUCUAAUUGUCUGCCAGUUGCAUUGUCACACUGAUUACAGGAAAUAAAUGAAAGAAUAACUGAAAUGCAAAUGAAAAGAACGGAAUAUUAUUCACAAACGAAUAUUUAUAGGCUUCAGAUGUGGUUUAAAUUAAAUAGUGUUAGUGCAAAGUUCGCGAACACGGUUUAAGCAUACGCUGGGUCUAAAUUACCAUAAUGGUUCACUAUUAAGUUUCAUUUUCAUUCUAGCUUGAAGUUCAGCUGUCUUUGAGUCUUGCCCUUUUGCUCAAAGUAAAUUGGAUUUUUAAGUGAACGUUUCUGGCGCAAAGUGCAUAACAAAAACACCAAUGCACAACGUGGUGUUGACAUGCUUGUCAAGCUCAGCCUGAGAUAUGACAUCCGUUUUCCGCAUUUGUAUAUCUCUAAUUUGAUUUAAAAGUCAGCGAAUCUCCAUAUCGGUAUGAAUUAAGUGCCUGUCUUGGUUGAUUUCAAAACUUCUCUUAUAUUUGUUUCACCAUUCUUUUGAUGUGUUAAUUGUGCCAAAUACACAGUUUCUUGUGAGAUCAUUUUGUCUUCAAAUAACAAAAAUAUACUUCAAAGAGAUUUUAGUAACUUGUAUACCACAAAGGCUGAAAAUGUGAAUGAACUAAUGAGACAUGACAAAGAAAGAAAGAGAAUGCUCAGUGAUGAUACUGCACUGAUUGAGAUAUUUCUUUGAUCAACUACGGAGUCACAUUUUUCAUGAGUGUAUGAUAAAUGAAAAGAAAUGAGAGGGGAAAAAAAAUGAGUGAGAAUGUCAAGUUCAAUUUCAGAUUCAGAUAACUUGUUCUGUAAAUUAAAGGGUUUUCCCCCCUGACAUGACAAUAAAAGUUUACUUUUGGUGCG